ACAUGCAAACGACAUGUCAGAUGAUUCAAGAAUGGGACAAAGAUGCUCGGAAAGCCAUUAAACGACGACAAGCGUUCGACAACAAUAUCGGUGCCCCCGGAGUGCCUGGGAACCCAGAUUUCAGUCCAGCGAUACCACAACGAUUUGCACCCUCUGCGCAAGGGUGCAUGAACAUCCCAUGCAUCUGCCCCUAUAUGGGA